GCUCAGGCCUCCCCCACAUUAUUAAUGCCAAGAGAUAUUGAUUGUCCCCGUCCAUUGCCAAUUGCCCUUCCACACCAUUCUCCUCCGUCAUAUUACCAUUCACCAGCCUUGUCAUGAAUACACAUACGCAUCACAGCCUCUGAUCCAUUUUUUCCGUGGCUACGUCCCACGUCUUGUGCCCAAGCGCUGUCCAUUGAGGAGUGAUUCAACUUCACCUCUCCGCACCCGCAUCCAUAUCCCCCUCCCAACCACUACCACCUCGUACACCACCGCAAUCAUGACCCAAUCCAAACCAAACAAACCAGCACCCCUCAAAGUCUCGACGGCCGAAAAAGGCCCCUUCAACCUCCUCCGCCCCAUCCAAAUCCUCGCCAUCUCCCUCUACUUCAUGUUCGACACCAUCCUACACCUUCUCUUGACCUUCCAGAUCUCCACUUUCCUCUCCAUCUCCGCCUUCCAAUCCGCCUGGUUCGCGCGCUUCUGGGCCUUCUUCGGCCCACUGUCCGCUGAAAAUGCCGCGCCGGCCGUCAUGCCGCUCCUCCAGAACCACGCUCGCGGCGUCUGUCUCGACAUCGGCCCCGGCAGCGGCCAAUGGUUGUACCUCUUCCAGCGCGCCAACAACCCCGACAUCACCAAGAUCUACGGCGUUGAGCCGAACGUCGGCCUGCACCCUGCGCUGCGGGAGAGUGCACGCAAGGCGGGGUUGGAGAACGUGUACGAGGUGAUUGGGUGCGGCGCGGAAGAGUUGCAGACCAAGGGCGGGUUACAGCCGGGGUCGAUCGACACGAUCAUCACCGUGCAGUGCUUGUGCAGCAUUCCCACGCCGCAGAAGAUCAUCAAGGAACUAUAUCCGCUGUUGAAGUCGGGCGGGCAGUGGUUGGUCUUUGAGCAUAUCAAGACCAAGUAUCAAGGCAGCUUUGUAGGAUACUGGCAAAAGGCUAUCAACAUCGUUUGGCCGCAUAUGUUGGGCGGCUGCAACACGACUAGACCCACGGAUGAGUGGUUACUGAAGACGGGCGAUUGGAAGAAAGUCAAUCUCUACCCUGGCGCCGGCGAAGGCCCGUACGAUACCAUGCCGCAUGUCAUUGGUACGCUCACGAAGAAAUGAUGCCGAUCUCGGGGCCCAAAGGCGUGUAUGUGACGGCCGGCGGGAAGCACUGAAUCAAUACUAUUACCACUUAUCGAGCAUCAGGACUCGUGCAUCCUUUUGCGAUGUUAGUUCUCCACAGCCUUCGAUAAUCCGCCAUCCUCGCUUGUUCUCGCCCGAUACGGCGCCCCUCGUCCCGCCAAGCCUGCUAUUGUCGUAGCGUCCGACGCGACCCACGUGGUUCCAGAGACGACCUCACGCCUUCACAUUUGUCCUCAAGGACUCAUUCUUCCAAGUCGCUACACAUUUCUUAGAUUGCUCUUGGCAGCUUACAAUGCCACCGCUCUGGACUGGCCGAUUCCUCUCCAUCCAGGUCCAGACAUCAGGCCACUCUGUAGCCUCCAGAUGCAUAAGUGAUGGGCGCCCUACCCAUGCCCACGACAGGUAUU